AGAAGAAGAAGAAAAUUUUCGCUAUCUUUUGACUGUCUAUUGCAAUUGCUUUUUCAUUCCGUGAUUUUUAGAAUAUGGUGAUAUCUGUGGGAUUGCGUGUUUUAGCGUUUGAAUAAAUAUAUUUCUUUCUUUGUUUGUGAGGAAGAAAUGUGUAUAAAACCAGACACUAAAUUUUAAAUAUUUAACAAAUAACGUGAGUUUAUAUUGAGGUGUUUAGGAAAUCCCUUUUUUCCGGCUUUUAAUUUCUGAUACGCCUACUUUUCUGUAAUCGGCAAAUAUAUUUCAUCGCAAAAAUGAGCUUGUUUGGUUUUGGCCAAAAUGCGGACAUUGACAUUGUUUUGGAUGGAGCCGAUUCUAGAAAAAUGGCUGAUAUUAAAACAGAAGAUGGGAAGAAAGAACGUCACUAUGUCUUUUAUGAUGGGGAGUCUGUAUCUGGAAAGAUCAAUAUAACAUUAAAGAAACCAGGAACUAAAUUAGAGCACCAAGGUAUAAAAGUGGAAUUCCUUGGCCAAAUUGAGCUUUAUUAUGAUAAAGGUAAUCAUCAUGAAUUCACUUCAUUAGUUAAAGACCUUGCAAGACCUGGAGAACUGUGCCAGAAUACAACAUAUGCCUUUGAAUUUGUGAAUGUGGAAAAACCGUAUGAAUCAUAUACUGGAGCCAAUGUCAGAUUAAGGUAUUUCCUACGUGUUACAAUAGUUCGCAGAAUUUCAGAUAUUGUUAAAGAAAUGGAAAUAAUCGUGCAUACAUUGUCAUCGUAUCCUGAAAUAAACUCUCCUAUCAAAAUGGAAGUUGGCAUUGAAGAUUGCCUUCAUAUUGAAUUUGAGUAUAAUAAAUCUAAGUAUCAUUUGAAAGAUGUGAUUGUUGGCAAAAUAUAUUUUCUUCUGGUUCGUAUUAAAAUCAGACACAUGGAAAUAGCAAUAAUUAAGAGAGAAACAACAGGCUCUGGUCCAAAUUCCUACAGUGACAAUGAGACAGUGGCUAAAUAUGAGAUAAUGGAUGGGGCUCCGGUAAGAGGUGAAAGCAUCCCAAUACGUGUGUUUCUUGCAGGAUAUGAUUUAACUCCAACCAUGAAAGAUAUUAACAAAAAGUUUUCUGUUCGUUAUUAUUUAAACUUAGUUCUUGUAGAUGAGGAGGAUCGAAGAUAUUUUAAACAGCAGGAAAUUGUUUUGUGGCGUAAAGGAGAACUUACUAGGAAGACUAUUCAGCAGUCAGUGCCUGUAGAGAACAAGUAGUAAUAUAUCCGUUUUAAGUCCUCAUAUUGUGAUUAUCAGUUAUUCUUCUGUAUAAAAGUGUUUGGACCAAUCAGUGGAAAGUGUGACUGACUGUAUGGUUCUCUUUAACGUCCACCAUUUUAGAAGGCCUGGAGCUGUUUGAAAGCAAAGUGCAAGUCCUAAAGUCAAAAGUUGUUGAACUUCCAAUAUCAGUUUCAAACUGUACAUAAUGCCAGUGUAAAUUUAUCUUUGAAAUAAUAUAUGGGAGAAUAGUUUUUAAAUAGCCCAUUCACAUUUCCUCUGAAAUUUAUAUGCUUGUAUAUAUGUCUAACUGAAAUUUUGAGGAUUAUUCUCUUUUCUUUACAAUUAAUUUUCAGUGGUUUGAUAUCCUUUAAAUUAUAUUGAUGGAUGAAGGGAAGUGCUAGGGGUUUUCCUAUGUGGCAUUAAAGAUGAUUUAGAUAUUCCAUAUAAAUUUAACAAUUGCAUGUUUAAAAUUUUUUUCUUUUGUAUGCACUGUGCAGAAUCCAUCAUUCUCUUUGGCUGCUGAUUUGUACUGCACAAAACUGCACAUGUAUCCACUAAACAUAGUGUAAAACUAUAGAUUACUUUGUAUAUUAUGCCAUAAAUAUUAAAAUAUCUUUGUUUAAUUUAUUUUAGAAAUUUCUUAAUGAAGUAUGUUAUUUGUAAUGGCAUUACUAGUAGUGUUAAAGUAGCACUAGAUAUUUGUGUGUUAAUUGUAUAAAACAGGUUUAAAACUCUUUUGCUUGCAGGUAAUUGUUUAAUCAUUGCAUGAUAAAGAUUUAUUAGAAUUUAGUUUUAUUUUGUUCUAAUGUAUGCUUUUGUUUCAUAUAUAAAACUCCUUAAUUUGGUUCAGAAUAGCACGUGUGUGGUAUUAACUGAAAUGCCUAAAUCUGUUUUGUAAAAUAAAAACUGCCAAACGUAAUUCAACUUUCAGUGAAACUUGUUUUGAAAUUGAAAUUACUGGUGAUAUAUUCAGUAAAAGUAUAUUAUAUUAUUUUUCUUAUUGGCUUUUAGUUUCUUUGUUCUUUGACUAUGCAUCAUUCUCUUCGGUACUUAUUUUUUAUAACAGCAUUUUUCACUGUGAAUUAGCAUGUAUGUAUACUUGUAAUAACUAUAUAAUUGUAGCAUUUUCAAAAUUUUAAUGUGUUUGAGAGAGAAUUGAGUUGUAUGAUGCCCCCCCCAUGUUGGUAAACAAUUUUUAUGAAGAGUAUAUAUAUAAGCAUGUGCCAUUUUAACACUGAAAUUUUGGUCUUUCUUGUGAUUUAGCAGGGAAAACAGUAACUAAUGAUAGUGCAAAAAUGUUAUUCUUUUUGUUUAUAAAAGUAUUUUAUAAAGAUAAAAGCCCAAUACAAUGUAAAAGUAUUGUUAAAUGAAUUUCUCUUUGAAAGCUGGCUGAUGUUACAUACCUAAUCAGCUUGCUUCAGAGAUAUACUUUGAAAUUGUUUCAUGGGUUCAGUUAUAUGUUGGGCAAUUAAACUAGUUAUAACAGUGCUGUUGUAUAAGCCUUAUUAAUUCAUCAUUGUUAAUUUUAAGCAUAUUUAAGUAAGGAAGUAAUUUUAGUUUUAUUAAAAAACUUUUUAAGCAUUAUAUUGUUACAACAGUUAAUGUGCAUUUUUGAAAUGUUCUUAUUUAGUGUGCUUGAUUGAUUAAUUCCUAGUAUGAAUUAUUUGUCAUCUUUCUUAAUUUUUAUCUUUUAAAAAUUAAUACUCUCUAUAUUUUUGAUGAAUUAGUAAGGUUUCUUUCUGUAUAGCCUUUUGCUGUAUUAUAAGAUAAAUGUGUUAUUUUUGUGAAUAAAUAUAUAUGAUUAUUGUUGCCUUGUCAUUUUUGGUAUAUGUUAUAAGCACCAUUUUUGUAUUAUAAACAUUUUGAUCUUUUAGUAUGAAUUUGAAGAUUUUUAGAGGAAUAUUUUAAACUGAUUAAAAAUACAGCAGGCAAAUGCUGCAUUAGUGAUUAUGGCAAAAGGGUUAAUAUCUGUAAAGCACUACCCAUUAUUGAGUAUAAAGUAUUUCAUAGUGUAAAAAGUUUAACAUAGUUAAAGAAUUAUACUUUAACUGCUAUUGCCUUAUGAAAUUUUAUGUGUGAAGGAUAUAAUUUUUCUCAUCCCAUGUAUGAACUAAAAAUAAAAUGAAAAUUGAUUGAAUUUGAUUUUGUACUGUUUAUAAAUAAAAUAAGGAAUAUUUAAGUUUA